UCCAAUAACCCAAGUUGUUCGAGGUGAUUACGGAAAAUACAGAAAAAUAAGUAUUUCUACAGGCAACAUGGCUGAGGAAAAUACUUCACAUGGACAAAUAACCUUGGAACAGGCCACAGCAUGGACAAGCAUUAAAGUAGUCGAUUCUGGAAAAAAUAAAGAAAGUACGGACAAUCAGCAAAAUUCAAACAAGACCCAGGAGAAAGAGGAAAGCAAUACAGUUCCAUAUUACAAGCUUUUCUCCUUUGCUGACUCCCUGGAUUAUCUACUAAUGUUUGUUGGCACAGUGGCUGCUGUUGGAAGUGGAAUCUCUAUGCCUUUCAUGACCAUAAUCUUUGGAGAUACGAUCGAUUCUUUUGGAGGAACAGUAAAUACCAAAGAUGUAGUUCAUGAGGUUUCCAAGAUGUCCUUUAUAAAGUUUGUAUACUUGGCUUUGGGAUCUAGUGUUGCAUCAUUUUUUCAGAUGGCUUGUUGGACAGUGACUGGGGAGAGGCAGGCUGCAAGAAUAAGAAGUUUAUACUUAAAAACGAUUUUGAGGCAAGAUAUUGGCUUUUUUGAUAAGGAAAUUAAAACAGGGGAAAUAGUUGGGAGAAUGUCAGGAGACAUUGUACUUAUUCAGAAUGCAUUGGGCGAGAAGGUUGGAAAGUUCAUACAAUUGGUAGGAACAUUCAUAGGAGGCUUUGUUAUAGCAUUUGUCAAGGGGUGGCUUCUUGCCCUUGUCAUGCUAUCUUCUUUUCCACCUCUUGUCAUCGCUGCUGCUGCCAUGAGCAUCAUUAUAGGAAAGAUGGCAUCCAAUGGGCAAACUGCUUAUUCAGUAGCAGCAACUGUAGUAGAGCAAACAAUUGGUUCCAUCAGAACUGUUGCAUCCUAUACAGGGGAGAAGGAAGCUAUAACUAAGUACAAUAAAUCAUUAACCAAUGCUUACAAGUCUGGUGUCCAAGAGGGCUUGGUUGCUGGGUUGGGACUUGGUGCAGCUAUGUUUAUUAUUUCCUGCAGUUAUGCUUUGGCAGUGUGGUUUGGUGGGAAAAUGAUUCUUGAGGAGGGAUAUACUGGAGGGGAUGUCAUUAAUGUAGUUAUUGCUAUUCUUAGUGGCUCCGUAUCGCUUGGGCAUGCAUCUCCAUGCAUGAACACUUUUGCUGCUGGACAAGCUGCAGCCUUUAAGAUGUUUGAGACGAUUAACAAGAAGCUAGAGAUAGAUGCUUACAACACUAAUGGACUGCAAUUAGAUGAUAUUCGUGGAGAUAUAGAACUAAGGGAUGUGUAUUUUAGUUAUCCUACAAGACCUGAAGAACAUAUAUUCACUGGAUUUUCAUUUUCAAUACCCAGUGGUGCUACCGCUGCUUUGGUCGGGCAGAGUGGAAGUGGGAAAUCAACAGUUAUCACUUUGAUUGAAAGAUUUUAUGAUCCACAAGCUGGUGAGAUUCUUAUUGACAACAUUAAUCUUAGAGAGUUCCAACUAAAAUGGAUCAGACAAAAAAUGGGGCUUGUCAGCCAGGAACCUGUGUUGUUUACCUCUAGCAUUGAAGAUAAUAUUGGUUAUGGUAAGGAUGGGGCAACUACUGAAGAGAUAAGAGCUGCUGCUGAGCUGGCCAAUGCUGCUAAAUUCAUUGAUAAACUGCCACAGGGACUAGACACGAGGGUGGGUGAGCAUGGAACUCAGUUAUGGGGUCAAAAACAGAGAAUUGCUUUAGCCAGAGCUAUUCUGAAAGACCCCAGAAUUCUAUUACUAGACGAAGCUACAAGCGCUCUCGAUGCAGAAUCUGAGAGACUUGUCCAGGAAGCGUUGGAUAGAAUUAUGACCAACCGAACAACCAUUAUUAUUGCUCAUCGCUUGAGUACAGUGAGGAAUGCCGAUAUGAUUGCUGUCAUACAUCAAGGGAGAAUUGUUGAAAAGGGUACACAUUCUGAGAUGAUUAAAGAUCCUGAAGGACCAUAUAGCCAGCUUAUACGGUUGCAAAAUCUUAGCACAAUGUCAGAACAAAUUGCUUUAAAUGACCAGGAUAGGCUAGAAGUUGUUUCGAAUUCUGGAAGAAAUUCAAGUCCGCAAUUUUCUUUGUUAGGAUCCAUAAGUCUGGAAUCACCUGGAAUUGGAAAUAGGCGUUGUCUCUCAUUCUCAACUCCAUUUGGUGUGGCCACUGCAGUAAGUGUGCAGGAAACAGAAGCUGUAAAAACUAGUACUCCUGCUUCAGCACCAGCCCCAGCCCAACUGCCUCUUGAAGUCUCACUUUGCCGUCUGGCUUAUCUUAACAAGCCAGAGGUCCCUGUGUUACUGCUAGGCACCAUAGCUGCUGCAGCCAAUGGGGUAAUUUUACCUUCUUUCGGGAUAGUAAUCUCUGGGGUAAUCAAAACUUUCUAUGAGUCAGGAGAUGAGCUCCGUAAAGACUCAACAUUUUGGGCAUUAAUCUUUGUUUUACUCGGUGUGGCAUCUCUAUUGGCUCAACCUUCAAAAUCAUACUUCUUUGCUGUUGCGGGAUGUAAGUUGAUAAGACGGAUCCGACUAAUGUGCUUCAAGAAAGUGGUUUAUAUGGAAGUAAGUUGGUUUGAUGAAGCUGAGCACUCAAGUGGUGCACUAGGUGCAAGACUCUCUGCAGAUGCAGCUUCUGUGCGAGGCCUAGUUGGAGAUGCACUUGCUUUGCUUGUUGAAAAUCUUGCGACUGCUAUUGCUGGCUUGGUUAUUGCUUUCACAGCAAAUUGGAUACUGGCUCUGAUAAUCCUUGUUUUGCUGCCUCUCGUAGGAGUAAAUGGAUACCUGCAGAUAAAGUUCCUGAAAGGAUUCAGUGCAGAUGCAAAGAAAAUGUAUGAGGAAGCUAGUCAAAUUGCAAAUGAUGCAGUAGGGAAUAUAAGAACAGUUUCUUCAUUCUGUGCCGAAGAGAAGGUGAUGGAAUUGUACUGUAGAAAAUGUGAAGGCCCUAUUAAGAUAGGUAUAAGCAAGUUCAUCAACGCAGUAGGAUUUGGGUUGUCGUUAUUCUUGCUGUUUUCAGUAUAUGCAUGCAGCUUUUAUGUUGGAGCACGACUUGUCGAGGAUGGCAAGACAACAUUCUCGGAAGUUUCUCGUGUUUUCUUUGCUCUCAUCAUGAUGGCUGUGGGAAUUUCGCAGUCGGGUUCCCUGGCCCCUGAUGCAAGUAAAGCAAAGAGUGCUGCUGCUUCUAUAUUUGCAAUUCUUGACAGGAAAUCAAAGGUAGAUUCUAGUGAUACGUCUGGAAUGACGAUAGAAAAUUUAAAGGGAGAUAUUGAGAUCCACCAUGUCAGCUUCAGGUAUCCCACGAGACCUGAUGUUCAGAUAUUCCGGGAUCUUUGCUUGACUAUUUAUUCUGGCAAGACGGUUGCUUUGGUUGGUGAAAGUGGCAGCGGAAAGUCAACAGUGAUCUCCUUGUUGCAGAGGUUCUAUGAACCUGAUUCUGGUUAUAUAACACUGGAUGGAAUUGAACUCCAAAAGCUACAACUGAAGUGGCUAAGGAAGCAAAUGGGCUUGGUGAGUCAGGAGCCUGUGUUAUUUAAUGACACCAUCCGGGCCAACAUUGCCUAUGGAAAGGAAGGAAAUGCAGCAGAAGAAGAAAUUUUAGCUGCAGCAGAAUUAGCAAAUGCCAACAAGUUUAUUUGUAGUUUGCAACAGGGGUAUGAUACUACAGUGGGGGAGCGAGGGGUCCAACUGUCUGGGGGACAAAAACAACGAGUGGCGAUAGCUCGAGCAACUUUGAAGGCGCCCAAAAUAUUACUGCUAGAUGAAGCCACCAGCGCUCUUGAUGCCGAGUCUGAACAUGUGGUUCAAGAUGCAUUGGAUCGAGUUAUGGUACACCGAACCACGGUGGUGGUGGCACAUCGUUUCUCCACGAUCAAGGGGGCUGAUUUAAUUGUGGUGCUCAAAGAUGGGGUGGUGGCAGAAAGAGGAAAGCAUCAAACUUUGAUCAAUAUCAAGGAUGGCAUUUAUGCUUCCUUGGUAGCAUUACAUAUCAAAGCUUCUUAAUCUUAGCAAAUAGCAAGAAAGAAUGAAGGCUUGUUCUGCUCGUUGGUUGAAACUCCCAUUCCCAGUUCAUGAAAAGUGCCACAGACUUUCAUCAUGUCAAUUUGUAAAACAUCUAUAGUAAAAGUUGUAGUAGCUUUAAUUCGUUAGUAUAUAAGUUGAAGUGAUGAUCAACUAAUCGCGUGAUUACACAUUGUUCAUACUGAAUUUGGGUUUUCUACAAUACUCUACAAUUCAAAUGAAA